GCUUUCGCCCACACUAUCUAAUUGUUUUUGCUCUCUUUUUGUCCCUCUCUCUUCCGCACUGUUGAACUCACACAAACAAAAUUGCUUCGGGUGCACUUUUAUUUCAACCUCCCAUCGCUGCAGACGAACCAUUUUAGUUGUCUUUGUGUUCCCCCCUCCCUGGUUCUGCUGCUAAUUUCCCUCCCAAUCUCCCAUCGCCAUUUUUUAUUUCCAUCAUUCACUCGACGCAGUGGAGUCAUGGACGCCGCUGACUACUUGGAAAAUCCUCUUUACAGCGAGCUAAAACAAUUCUGCCGGAAAGUACAGGAAGCUUACCGCGAGCUCAAAGAGGACCUGACACCUUACCGCGAUGAUCGCUUUUACAGAUUGGCGCCCAUGCGUCUGUACACUCUGUCCAAAAGGCAUUUUGUGUUGGUCUUCGUGGUGUUCCUUGCUUGUUUCGGACUCACAGUCUUGAUUGGAAUUGCAGGUCCCAAGAUUCUUUCCGAGCAGAUGCACAAUGGGGAUCAGUUCCUUGCCAAGAACGUCUCAGUUAAGACUGGACCUUUCAAUUUGAACUCCCCACCUCUAACCACAUAUCAUCAGCAGUUGUGGCUCACUUGUGUGAUGCAGGCUGAACACAAUAACGUGGUCGACUUCCAGCAGCCUUUCGAGAUCAAUGUGGAGCUGAAGGGCGUGAUGCAGGACGCCAGCGUGACGCCCAUCAACAGCGUACACCGCAAAUCAAGAACGCUACACUGCGGCGAGAAAUGCGACGAGAUUAUCGUGCUGCAUCUAGGCUUCUUAAACUACAACCAGUACCAGGUCAAGGUGGGCUUCAAGGGCCUUGAAAACAUCACUUACAAUCUUAGGGUCAAUUUUGUGUGGAAAACCUACAAUCCUACCUUUUCCCAAGUGGAGAUCUGGUUCCGCUUUGUCUUCGUGGUGUUGACAUUCACGGUUACGUGUCUCUUCGCGCACUCCUUGAGAAAGUUUUCCAUGAGGGACUGGGGCAUUGAGCAGAAGUGGAUGGCCAUCUUGCUGCCUCUGCUGCUGCUUUAUAAUGAUCCAUUUUUUCCACUCUCCUUCCUGGUGAACAGCUGGGUUCCAGGGAUGCUAGAUACCUUCUUUCAAGCCCUUUUCCUAUGCGCCCUGCUGCUCUUCUGGCUCUGUGUCUACCACGGCAUCCGGGUGCAGGGCGAGAGGAGAUGUCUCACCUUCUACCUGCUGAAGCUGGUCAUUGUGGGCCUUCUGUGGCUCUCAGCCGUCACGUUGGGCAUAUGGCAGACGGUCAAUGAACUCCAAGACCCCACCUACCAGUAUAAAGUGGACAUACACAACUUUCAGGGCAUGAAGGUGUUUUUCCUGUUGGUGGUCAUCCUGUACAUCCUGUAUUUGAUCUUCCUCAUUGUCCGAGCUUGUUCAGAACUCAAGAACAUGCCCUACUCAGACCUGCGGCUAAAGUUCUUGACAGCGCUGACAUCAGUGGUGCUCGCCAUAAGCUUGGUCAUUCUCUACUUGAGGUUUGGUGCCAAGGCCCUUCAGGACAACUUUGUGGCCGAGUUGUCCACCCACUAUCAGAACUCAGCAGAGUUUUUGUCCUUUUACGGCCUCCUCAAUUUCUACUUGUACACAUUAGCAUUCGUCUACUCUCCCUCCAACAACGCCCUUUAUGACUCCCAGCUGAAAGAUAAUCCUGCUUUCUCCAUGCUGAACGACUCGGACGACGACGUAAUCUACGGGAGCGAUUUUGAGGAAAUGCCUUUACAAAACGGACGUGCAAUUAAAGCAGCCGCCAACUUCCAGGACGAGAGCGACAGCGACUGAUUGGGCUCGGGUGGGAAACGCACAGAAAAAUAUAUCAAGUGUAAAUAAGAAGUAUUUUCCACGCUGGAAGUGUACAUAAACAUAUUUUUUUUUAAAAAGGA